CUUCAAUGCCUCUUCCUCAUUUUAGCCGGGUUCAACUCGCAUUCAAAAGAAAGUAAUUUAGCAACAGAAGCAAACGCUAAUUUACUGUUCUAUACUUUACUGAAAAUGGGAGAUCCUGUGGCUGGUUACACGUCCCGAAUUCAACAGCAGGAGCUGGAGAUCCAUUCCCUGACUGCAGAGCUCGAGAGCCUGAAGAACCCACAGGGCCUGGGUUUGUCCUCGCACCUGGAUGGGCUGAGAGAGGAGAAUGCCAAGCUCAAAUACCGCCUCAACGUCCUCAAAAGGAGUCUGCAGGAGGAGAGGAGCCAGUGUAGUAAAACCAUGAUGAACAUCAACCAGCGCCUGCAGGAGAUCUUUGGGGAGGCCAUCCGGGAGGCCUGUCCCGACCUGGAGAACCCUCCCCUGGCCGUCACCCCCAACCAGCAGGCCAAGUUUGGGGACUACCAGUGUAACAGCGCUAUGGCCAUGGCCCAGAUGAUGAAAUCAAAGGGCCUGAAAGUGAACCCCAGGCAGAUCGCUGAGAAUAUUCAGCAGAACAUUCCUGACAAUGAGCUUAUUGAGAAGACAGAAAUAGCCGGACCAGGGUUCAUCAAUGUUCACCUUAAGAGAUCGUUUGUGUCCAAACUGCUGACCAACCUGCUACUCAACGGUGUCCAACCUCCUCCCUUAGAGAGCAAGAAGAAGGUGGUUGUGGACUUCUCGUCUCCUAACAUCGCCAAGGAGAUGCACGUAGGUCACCUGCGCUCCACAAUCAUUGGGGACAGCAUGUGUCGUCUCUUUGAGUUCCUGGGCUACGACGUCUUGAGGCUGAAUCACGUAGGGGACUGGGGUACCCAGUUUGGGAUGCUCAUCGCUCACCUGCAAGACAAGUUCCCAAACUACCUGACCGUAUCCCCUCCUAUCGGAGACCUGCAGGCCUUCUACAAAGAGUCUAAGAAGCGUUUUGACGAGGAGGAGGACUUUAAGAAGAGGGCCUACCAGUGUGUGGUCAAGCUGCAGAGCAAAGACCCAGCUUUCAUCAAAGGAUGGAACCUCAUCUGUGACGUUUCCAGGAAUGAAUUCCAGAAGGUCUACAACUGUCUGGACAUCCAGAUCAUUGAGAGAGGAGAGUCCUUCUACCAGGAGAAGAUGACCGCCGUGGUCAAAGAGUUUGAGGCCAAAGGCCUGGUGGAGAUGGAUGAGGGCCGUAAGAUAGUGUUUGCCCCGGGCCAGCAGAUCCCCCUGACGGUGGUGAAGUCUGAUGGUGGCUACACCUACGACACAUCAGACCUGGCCGCACUGCGCCACCGGCUCUUUGACGAGAAGGCAGACAUCAUCAUCUACGUGACGGACAGCGGCCAGGGCACCCACUUCCAGGUAGUGUUUGCAGCGGCUCAGAUGAUUGGCUGGUACGACCCCAAUGUGACACGAGUGGAGCACGCUGGUUUCGGAGUGGUGCUGGGAGAGGACAAAAAGAAGUUUAAGACUCGCUCCGGGGACACGGUGAGGCUGAUGGAUCUGCUGGAUGAAGGCCUGAAGAGGUCCAUGGAAAAACUCAAGGAGAAGGACAGGGACAAGGUUCUGAGCACGGAGGAUCUGACAAAGGCCCAGCGCUCGGUGGCGUUCGGCUGCAUCAAGUAUGCCGACCUGUCUCACAACCGCAUCAACGACUACGUGUUCUCCUUCGACAAGAUGCUGGAUGACCGGGGCAACACGGCCGCCUACCUCCUCUACGCCUUCACCCGCAUCAGGUCCAUAGCCCGGUUGGCUAACAUCGACGAGGCAGUGCUCCGUAAAGCAGCAGAGACCACGGAGGUGCUCUUGGAGCACGACAAGGAGUGGAAGUUGGGCAAGUGUCUCCUGCGCUUCCCUGAGAUCCUGCAGAAGAUCCUGGAUGACCUGCUGCUCCACACGCUGUGUGACUACCUGUAUGAGCUGGCCACGACCUUCACAGAGUUCUACGACAGCUGUUACUGUAUCGAGAAGGACCGCCAGACAGGUGAGGUGGUAAAGGUCAACAUGUGGAGGAUGCUCCUGUGUGAUGCCACUGCCGCCAUCAUGGCCAAAGGCUUCGACAUCCUGGGCAUCAACCCUGUCUCCAGGAUGUGACCUCACAGUGACAUCACAAUGCCCCUCCUCCCAUCUCCUCGGACGACAGAAAAAAAGAGCCUCUUCAACCCAUUAACGUCACCUGGGAUCUUACUGUAUACCAAAUAAAAUAAAAAUUACUGCUUGUAAAAAUUUUUUUAAAAAAGGAUCUGGCACCCUGCUCAUCAUACUCCAUUUAAGUGUCAGAAUACCUAGCAAGAGAUUGAGGAAUGUCUGGAGAGGCUGCCAAAACAGCAAUACUGACUUAGGCUACAGCUCAAUUAUUGCACAGGGGAUUCGAGAUGUAUGUGUUAGACAUUGACCUUUGUUCAUUGCAGCCGAUCCUGACCCGGCCAAAUAAUACAGUAUUUCAGAUGAAAGACGUCGGUCGGUCGCAAAGGAAUUAUAAGUAGCUUAACAUGUAUCCUUUCUUGCAGUGUGGACAGCCAAAAUAAUAUGCUCUAUUUAACCAACAGUGGGAAGGUUUUCUGUCAUCUUAGUCCAGCUACCCCAUCUGUCAUCUGACUUGAAACCAUAUACAUAUUUGUAACCCAUGCACCUGUGAUAUUGGUCACUUUGAGGACAGCCAAGUGCAGUAGACCUUACUGUCCUGAAAAAGAUUGAAUCAGUGUUUUAACCAUAUUGUAGACUUUUCAAUCCAUUUUCAUAUCAAUAGGCAAUUAUUGCUCCCAUUUUAUAUAUAUUUUUGGAAAUGGUGGAUGUGUACCAAAUCCAGCCCAUGUACAGCUUGGCUAGGCAGUUUGCCUUAAAGUGUGAGUCAGCAACAGAGAGACUUGGGGACAACAGUUGUUCUCCCAAGUGACAGUGGUAGAAGAUCCUCACCCUGGCUAUUUACCUGCACGCCAAGGAUAAAUGAACAGUAAUGAUGAAUGCCUUGUCCCAUCCUGAUAAUCAGCUGUGUGAUUAAUGGAAUUGAUUUGUCCGGCUAAAUGGACAAUUGCUUAUUAUUUACUCAUUGCACAGGUAGCUGUGGACUGACCAGAUAUUGAUUAGACUUGACUUCAGUUCUAAAUUACACAUGAUAACAAGGGGAAGGAGAAAUAACAGGAAGACUAAUCGGUUUGUCUUUGUCUCAAUGCCAAAUAUCCUGUCAUGGUUGGAGGGGCUCCUUUUGUUAGUUAAAUACUAUAUAUUUUCUGUGCAGGUUCAAUGAACAAGGUGCAUCAGUGACUUCACACAGCUUGUGACUUAACUGGCUUUGCUUAGUUGGUCCUCUUGUGUCCAUUGGAGCAAAGGGUGUCCACUAUGUCUUUCCACUUCAGCCAUUUCUGUGUGAAGACUUUUGCCCCUUGCCAGGGCUUUACUGAGUGUACCACAGCAUGUGGUUGCUCACCUAUUAGAUCCAUGGCCUCAAAUUAUACUCAUUAGCCUCUCAAAUGAAGUUGGACUAGCCUAAUUAAUCCUCAAAACCAACAUGGUAUUCUCUGUCAUAGCAACUAAGUGUUGUGUGUUAGCAGGUGCACUAAAUCACUAAUUUAUUGACAAAUGAUAAUCUCACACUCAGAGGCAGCCAAGACUUUAAUUGUAAGGCUGUGUUUUCCCAUGGGAAAGUUAUGCACUGUUGUAGAUGGAUACAGACUAGUAUUAUGCUGUAAAGGAUGCCAUGAGCAAUAUAAAUCACCUCUCUAAACUUGAGUUGAGCUCAUAAACUGUGAUAAGUGUCUGUGUAUGAACCGUCACCAGAAUGUAUGAAAUAUCCAUAUUUAUAUUAAUAUUUUAUCAUUCCACUGCAUGACUUUAUAGCUCGUCUUCAAUACCUACUGGAACAGUGAUUCCCAGUGCCUUUAUUAAAAAUGUAUCAAUCUUCCACAAAA